AUGCCCCACGAAGAACAUCCAUAUGUCGCAGUGACCACGGCUUCUGCCCCAAUCACACGGACUCCCGUUCUCGGAGUCGACAGAGUUCAAGAGAAAGAAUAUACUCGGUCUCGCAAAACUGUCACAUUCUCUACGGAACCUGAGAAGAAGCGGAAUCCACCGGCUAUGGUUUUCGAAGACGAUUCUGAUGAUGAUUUUUUGAUUCCCAAACCACCUGGUGAGGUCGGAAGGCCCGGUCGCGGUGGCUACUCCCUCUUUGAAGUUCUAUCGUGGCCAAGGAAGAAGUAUGAUAAAGUUAAGAAAUUCAUUAACAACCUUGUUGAAGACCAUCUGAAUUGUGAUCUUCCUAUGAGCGAGCAAGGGGCGGCGAAUGUCAAAAAAGUUCGACAACUGGUGAGAGCAAUAGUUUUUCGACACAAAUCUAUUCUGAGUCAAAGUCAGGCCGUCGAAAAGUACAUAUUCUUGAAGGAGUACAGUGGGCUGUGGGCUGUUGAUGAUUUCAUUCGGAAUCACUUGAAAUACCAGAAAGCUGUUCUUAGAAAAGAGAGAUUAGAGAAAAUCGCGGCGGAGGCUCGCCCAACCUUAGUUGAGAAGGGAACGAGACGGGCUAGCAGCGGCAAAUAA